UGUUAUCUACUCCCCACUGGCUAACACAGGAAGCACAGAGGCCUGUCUACUCCACUUCUUCUGUGUGCAUACAUUUACACAUCUGUUCUUGUGGAGUGGAACUGAACUGAACUGUGGCUAGAUAGAGAAGAGGUUGGUUGGUUAAAGGAGUGGUUAGUUCCUGCUCUUAAAGACAGUCUACUUGGCACUGGAGAUCGAGUAGCUCUCUUCCCCCCCGCAGUAAGAUAGUCAGUAAGCCUGAAGUUGGACCCCACAGCCUCACCAUGAGCGGAAAACGGAAACUGAGUUUAAAGUGGUUUGGAAUUCUCCCUAACUUCUCCUUCCGUCGCAGCUCAUUGUCUGACAAAUUCGACUCCAAGUCCUCCUCCGCCGAGCCUGAUGGGGCUGGGGCUGUGGAGUCGUUUUUUGACGACAUGGAUAUGAUGCAUCCAUGCGCAUCCAGCUCCAGCGACAACUACACGCACAUGGGCACCUUUCCCCGCUUCCUCCUCAGGAAGAGUGACAAGAGUGGGAAUUCUGGGAAGAGAGGGACCAAGAAGAUCAAGGAGAAGACAGGGGCAAGGCUGGGCAGGAGUCAGAGCCAGCGGCCGGCAGGGGACCAUGUGUGUAGCUCUCACCUGCUCAUGGCACAAUCCAGCCGGCCUGGCUCCAGAAAGGACCAGCCUCUCUCACCUUUAUCCACCCAGGCUGGUCCUGGUCCAAGGCCCCAACGGGACCAAGGGCUGCCUCCCAUCCCCAGAGGAGGAUCACUCGAUAGGAAUGAACACGGAGACCCACAGGCUCACUGUGAGGAAGAAGAACCACACCAAGGGCAGCUUAUGUCAGCUCAGGAUGUGGGGCCUCGUACCUCUAACGCCCCGCCGCUCACUUGUGAAGACGUCUCCAAAGAACACGCAUUCACCACUGAUCAGGGUGCAGCUUCAGAUACAGCUUCAACUGGUGGGGCUAGAAGGAACCUUGCUACUGUUCCUGAGCCACCUGAAACCCCCAAGCUUCUAAAGAAAACCUUGCAGCAGCCUGGGACCCUUGUCACCCAUCAGAUCGAGGAGGGCCUCCCCAUCAAGAGAGCCGAUAACCUGGUAACAGACAGUAACUCCAGCCCCCUGCCUGAGAGGGCCUCCAGUGGUUCUACUGAUAGAGACCUGGGAGAGGGCCUUCAGAGGGAAAGCCAGGCUGUUAAACCUGUGGACAGUCACAUGGACCAUAUAGACAACAAGACUGAAUAUGUCAAGUUCUCCAAGGAGAAGUACCUGCUGGAGUCUCCACCAGAGAAACUACGGAAGGAGCUGGAGGAGGAGCUGAAACUCUGCAGCAGCGAUAUCAGGAGCCAUGGCUGGUACCAUGGACACAUCCCUCGAGAGCUGUCGGAGACUGUAGUCCUGCAGAACGGGGAUUUCCUGAUCCGUGAUUCGCUGAUUAACACGGGCGACUACGUCCUAACGACCCGCUGGAACCACGAGGUUCUGCAUUUCAAGAUCACCAAGGUCCUGGUCAAGUCCAGCACUGAGUCGAAGGUCCAGUACCUGUUAGAGACGGACAGCUUCGACUCCAUACCUGAACUGGUGAGGUUCUACGUGGCCGGCCGGCGGCCUGUCUCCCAGCCCAGUGGAGCCCAGAUCUACUGUCCAAUCAUACGCACCCUACCCCUGCGCUACCUGGAGGCCACAUUUGCCUUAGCCAAUAGCAGGCACAGCCUGGCCCACUCACCGUCCAGUCAGAGAGGAGCGUACAUCAAGAGGCGGAGCGUAACCAUGAACGACGGAUUGACCACAGAGAAGCUGAUACCUCACAGUGAUGUGGAGUCCAUCAGUCCAGUGGAACCACCAGUUCUCCCAGUACCAGUCCCAGUAGCUACACCCGUACCAGUGGUACCAAAGCCAGAAGUGAAAGCUGCUGUCGUGGGGUGCAGGUGCCCUUCUACUAUUCACAACCACAAGGAUGCGAUGAGGAACUGUGCCGUGAGUAUGGAUCAGAUCCAGGAGUAUCGCUGUCCCCUGUCUCCUGUAGGAGAAACACCUCUCUCCCCAGCAUACAGCCACAUCCACAGACACAGAACCCAGUCAGGGGGUAGAGUUCUGGCAGUGGUUCCCCCCUCACCAGUCCUGAGACGCUCCAGCGAGCCCCAGCUCAGCCCUGGCUCCAACAACAACCUACCCGACAUGCUAGCUGCCAGCUCCCACUCCACCCCGGCCCACUGCUCCUGCCCAGCCCCAGCAGGGGGCUCUGGAACAGAGGGAAGCUACUGCGACCUCAGGCCCUCCCCGGCCCCAUGUCCCGGGGCUCCAUGUGCCGCUGGUAUGCCCCCCACGCCUCCAGCUAAGAGCUACGUGGAGCGGCUGCGUGUGGAGGAGGCCCGAGGGCCUGCCCCAGGGAGGGAGAACGGAGCAGGGGCUGGGGGAGAGGCGUUCAGCGCCCCCCUGGUGGAGACUGCCUCCUCCUUCAGACCAGGGAAGUACCUGUCGCCCCUGAUCCCCCAGGAAAACAAGCCCUUGGAGAUGAGCGUGCUGAAGAGAGUCAAGGAGUUGUUGGCUGAGGUGGACGCUAGGACGGCUGCUAAACACAUCACAAUGGCCGACUGCACGGUGGCAAGGAUACUGGGCGUUACCAAGGAGAUGCAGAGGAUGAUGGGAGUAGGUUCAGGACUUGAGCUUUUGACUCUACCUCACGGACAUCAGCUGAGACUGGACCUACUGGAGAGGUUCUAUACCAUGUCUAUAAUGAUGGCUGUGGACCUGCUGGGGUGUACAGGCAGUACAGAGGAGAGGGCUGCUCUGCUCCAUAAGACCAUCCAGCUGGCUGCUGAACUCAAGAGCAACCUUGGGAACAUGUUCGGCUUUGCUGCUGUGAUGAGAGCACUGGAGCUGCCACAGAUUUCUCGCUUGGAGCAGACGUGGAUGACGUUGCGUCAGAGACACACAGAGGGAGCCAUCCUCUAUGAGAAGAAGCUCAAGCCCUUCAUGAAGAACAUGAACGAUGGCAAAGAGAGCAGUGUGCUGUCCAACACGUCCUUCCCUCACGUGGUUCCUCUGCUGUCUCUGUUGGAGAAGGGUGUGGCUGUGGGGGAGGGGCCAGGGGCGGGGAUAGAACCCUGGGAGAACGUGGAGGCAGGUGUUGAUGUGGUGAUGUCACACCUGGAGGCGGCCCGGACCAUCGCUCACCACGGGGUGCUGUACCGCAACAAUGCUGAAACCAAACUACAAGGCUUCCAGGAGAGUCAGGAAGUUCUGGAGAUCUUCCGGACAGAGUUCCAGAUGAGGUUGCUAUGGGGAAGCAGGGGUUCAGAGGGCAGCCAAUCGGAACGCUAUGAGAAGUUCAACAAAGUCCUGACCGCUCUGUCUCACAAGCUGGAGCCUCCUGUACGCCAUAGUGAACUAUAGCACCCAUCUCACUGAACACCCCUAUACAAAGCACUGCGCUCACAGUGGUACGACCCGCCUCCCCAUACUGCAAGGCACCUUGAUGUGGAUGUCCAAAGUGAAUAACAGGGGAGGAGGCCGACUAAACCGAGACAAAAUAGUGUACUUAGAAGAAGACAGGAGGCGAGAAGGAGCAUCUCACUGUAUAUCUCCCCCCAAAAAAAGGCACAAAGGGCUUUUUUCAGAGCUCUUCAAUAGGCUGUAAUAUUUCCCUCCCUAAAUGCUGAAAGACAGAGUGGGUCGAGGAGGAGUGGGGAAUUGGGUAUUCUUCUACCCAUCAGCAAGCUACAAAGAACAACAGGUAUGGUGUGCGCUGAGGGUCAAACAGUGCAUGAGAAGUUGGAUCUAGCUGUUCUCUGGUAGAUCACAUGAAGCUCUGAUCUGUCUUCAACACCUUCAUUAUUACCCUUACUCUUACGUCUGCACUUACUGGCUCAUUGUCACACACUGUUCUGUCAGAGAGUAAUAGUAAACUGUGUGUGUGUGUGUGUGUGUGUGUGUGUGUGUGUGUGUGUGUGUGUGUGUGUGUGUGUGUGUGUUCUGUCUGACUUGAAGAGAGAGUCCUAUUUAACACAAUGUGUGUGUACUUCAGGACACCAGUACCCCAGAGAUACAUCGGCAUCUAUCUCUAUGACCUCUGACCUGUCUCAUCGGACCUCAGCUUCUGACUGAGAGGUUGUGUGUUCUAGAAUCUGUUCUUCUUGUAUAGACUCUCUGCGUGGCUGCCAUUACUUCAUCACAGAGCCCAUCAGGUCCCCUGUUGUUGACACACGCAUUGUGCUCAUACAGACAGACACUUAUCCUCCCCCACAACACACAAUAAUGUAUGUUGCCAAGUCAUAUCAGCUGUUUGAGGCAUACUAAAGCAAUUCUCUCUGUGGGUUUUGUUUGUGUGCUGUUCAGAAGCAGUUCUCUUAUUGAGGCUCUUCUGAGAAGCAUCCCCUCUCUCCUCAUGUCUGGCAUGUCAUCCAUUUUUCAUAUGACUCUGAUUUUGUUUGAGUACCGUUUGGUAGCCUUUAUUUUAAUGGGAGCUAUUUUGGGAAGCAUUCCUCCCCCGCUCCCUCUCCUUAUCUCUGGCAUGCCAUUAAUGUUUCAUAAUGACUCCAGUCCCAUUGAAAUCAUAUGAGCAUGUUUGCCUUGUCCUCACUUGUCUCAAACAUUAGAAAUAUCCUUAAAGCACUCUGACCUGUUUGAGUGAAUUAACGUGCUUUUUUACAUGUAAAAACACUGACUGUACUAUUUUCUUCAACUUUAUUUAGAUAACAUUUUUCUGUGUGGUUUUAUUGCUGACCGGCAGAUUUUGUUGACAUGUUUGAAGACUUUGUUGACAUGGUAACAUAACAUGUUUGAAGACUUUGUUGACAUGGUAACAUAACAUGUUUGAAGACUUUGUUGACAUGGUAACAUAACAUGUUUGAAGACUUUGUUGACAUGGUAACAUAACAUGUUUGAGCCUCUGCUGUUGCCGUAUAGGAUUCAGGUUUUAACCAGUGUGAAUGAAUGUGCUUUAGUCUGAAAGUGACCAGAAUGUUCUCAGGGCAGAAUGGAGGCCCCCUCAGAUCUAGCCUGGUCCCAGACCUGUUUGUGCUGUCUUCUUGCCAACUUCUCUGGUCAUUGUCAGCCAAAGAAACUAUACGAGAUUGCAAAACAACAUAAAUAUGGGAUGUGGGGAUCAGGCUACCUCAAACCCCCUCAGUGACUGACUGUAUGCUGUGUUUUGCUGUGUAUGCAUGAUAACGUGUGUUUGAUAUGAUAUGGACAGAGUGUUGAAAAGGACAUUUAGAUUUUAAAACCAUCAAAAGCGUUUUUUUGAUUUCACAUAUUCACUGUAGGAUCGUGUGAUUUUUCACUCACUCAAAUUCAUAAAAUGUUCUCUUUUAAAUGGUAUUGUUGCUGAAAUGCUUUAGUAAAAUGCAACAUCGAGAUGAGGGCUUAAAGGAAUCUGUCAACGUCCUUGGAACUAAAUACAGUGUGACCUUUUGAUCAAAUAAUACCUGGCAACCUUUCCUCUGCCGACUCCUAAGCAGUGUUGCGUUGAAACACAAAAGCACUAUGAAUGAAGAUGACGAUUUAUUUUCAAUCUGUUUGUUGAUGUGUCAGUGUCUGCUGAUUGCUUUCCAAUCCAUGAUGUAUUUAGGCCUGAGAUAGAGAGCUGACUCUCAGAUCUAUGCAAUCACUUUUAAAUCAAUUAAGAGUCCCAUAGAAAACAAGCAGAGUAGACACUGCUGCCCCUGAGGAUGUGAGUCGUGUCCUACUGGGAACAAUCCACUUGAACGCCCCUCUAACUGGUAUGUACUACUGGGAAACUCGUCUAUCAUCCCUGAGCUACAACUUCUCCCACAUGCUGACCUCUGACGUCACCUACUAAGAAAAUCAACUAAACAAUUUCAACAACAACUAAACAAUUUAUAAAAAGCAAUCAAUUAAUAUGGGUUUUGAAUACUAUAAUUGGUUUACAAGCAUGAUAGCUGUACUUUUAGUUUAUGUUUGAGCAGCUUGUUGGCCUUUAAGCCAAUCAGCAUUCCUCAAUGAGUUCAAAGCACGUGAAUUGGUUGUGAAUGCAGCAUAAGUGCCAGCCAGCCAGAAAGUGCAUCCCAGGUCGUAUUCAUAAGGCACCAAACAAAGGAAAACAUACUGAAACGGGGAGGGAUUAUCAAUUUUGUUUUCUGUUGCAAAACGUUUUGCUACAGUGUGCCCUAAUGAACACGACCCCAAUCAGCCAGUGAGAAUAAAGGGGAGAGCCAAAGUCCAAUUGCCUCUCUUGUCCAGUAGAGGGCACUAUAGUUCAGUCAGCAAAAAAAUAAAAAUAGAAGACACCUUGGUUUGAAUCUUUUUUUGAGUGUUUUUGUGAUUUAUUAAUAAAGCCUACUGGUUUAGGAACGAUUUGAUGAUGUACUGUAUGUAAUUAUGUUUGUCUCACCUUAUGUUGUACAGAUUACAUGUGCUUUUUUUCCUGUUGUAAAUAAUCAUUCUGAAAUUAUGAACCUAUAAUGAAAAAUGACAAACUCCCAUGUUUGUGACCCCAUGUUUUUUUUAUGUACUGUACAUAAUGGUUCACUUGUUUUUCAAAUAAAAUAAAGCUCGAGUCAA